UUUCGCUCAAGCUGCUCCACCUGCGAUCAGCGCAGGCAGGCCACUCACGGGUCCCCAGGGCAACGCUUGCAACCCACACGUGCAGUCCGAAGCGGCAGAAGAAGAGGUAGAGAGGGCCGUUGGCGCGUGUGCGCGCUGGGGCCCAUGAUGCUGGCCACCGGGGCGGCGGCGACGGCGGCGCGGCAGGGAGGCAGCCAGCUGAGCGACGCGGCCCUCGAGACCGCCGUCAGGGGCCACGGCAGCGCGAGGCAGUGGGCCAGGGCGCUGGAGCUGCUCCGAGACUCCCUCCAGUCCCGCGCGGGCGUCACCGUGCGCUGCUACGCUGCUGGAAUCGGCGCUUGCGGGAAAUCCCAGCGGUGGCAGCACGCGAUGUCAUUGCUGUGCGAGAUGCGGGAGACAGAGUUGGAGCCGAACGCCCUCCGUCAGCUACAACUGUGCUAUCAGCGCGUGCGAGAAGGGCGACCAGUGGCGGCGAGCCUUGUUGUUGUUUGAUGAGAUGCGGGGUGCGACAUUGGAGCCAACCGUUGUGAGCUACAAUCUCCAGAUCAGCGCCUGCGAGAAAAGCGGGGGGUGGCAGCAGGCACUGUCACUGUUCAGCGAAUUAAGAGAAGCGAGGCUGGAGCCGAGUGUGGUCAGCUAUGGUGCCGCAACCAGCGCUUGCGAAAAAGGCGAGCAGUGGCAAAGAGCACUGUUGCUGCUUGCAGAGUCGCGGGCAGCGAAUGUGGAGACCAACAUCCUCUGCUACAACGCUGGGGUGAGCGCGUGCGCAAAAAGUGGGCAGUGGCGGCAGGCGCUGGCGCUGCUGAAUCACAUCCGCCAGGUAGCACUGGAGGCAGAUUUGAUCACCUACAACGCCGAGAUCAGCGCAUGUGAGAAAGGCAGGCAGUGGCAGCGCGCGCUGUCUUUCCUGAGCGAGUCGCGGAGCGUGAAGUUAGAGCCGUCUGUCGUCAGCUACAGUGCUGGAGUCCUUGCGUGCGGGAAGUGCGACCAGUGGGAGCAGGCGCUGUCGCUGCUGCUCGAAUCGCGGAGGGCGCAGCUUGAGCAGGACAUCCUCAGCCUCGCCGCUGGGCUCUCCGUGUGCGCGGGCAGCGGGCAGUGGCAGCAGGGCCUUCUGCUGCUGUACGAGGUUUGGGAAGCCAGGAUGGAGGUGGACACUCACUGCCAAAGUGCGAUCAGUGCCUGCCAGACAGAAGGGAAGUGGCAGUUGGCACUGUCAUUGCUGAGCGAAUCGCAGAGAGCGGUGUUGGAGCUGGAUGCCAUGGCCUACAACGCUGCCGUUGGGGUGUGCGGGAGCGGCGGGCAGUGGCAGAAGGCGUUGUCACUGUUGCGGGAGCUGCACGGCACACGAGUAGAAUUAGACUGCAUCAACUACAAUUUUGGAAUGAACGCGUGUGAGGUGUGCGGGCAGUGGCAGCGGGCGCUGUCUCUGCUGCAUGAGGCAUGCGAGGCGAAGAUCGAGCCGGACGGGAGGAACCACGGGACCGCCAUCACCACGUGCGAGAAGGCCGGAGAGUGGCAGCAGGUGCUGCUGCUGCUGGGCGACCUCUGCGCGCUGCGGGUGGAGCCGAGCGCCACCGACUACAACGCCGCCGCCGGCACGUGCGAGCGGACGGGUGCCGCUUGCUGCCUCGGCAGGUGGGAACUGAGAGGAGUUCGGCCCUCCUCGGUGGUGCUGCGCAGGCUGGUGCUGGGCACCAGAGCAGGAGGCCUUGCGCCGGAUCAGGAGCCGCCGGAUAAGCAGGCGGCAGGUCGUCGUUGAUGAU